UGGCCAAUAAGGAGCCUGUUUGUUGUAUGAGCGCAAAAUCCAGUGUUUGUGUCCAACGGAGAUUUACUAAUUGCUUUCGUCUCCUAAUAAGACUGAAUAACUUUAAUGAACUCCACCAAGUGGCGACCUACCCUUGACAAGCAAAGCGCGAGCCUCCUCGUCUUGUCCCACCAACAAUGCUGAAAAAACCGGCCACCACUUCCUAAACAGAGCUGAUGUAGCUAGCCAGCUAACACUUGCUAGCUCAGCUCAGUUUAUCAACAUCAACAAUGUCAAAUGUUCCGCAAAAUAACCUAAAGGAACAGCUAGCGAAGCACUGCAAUGCUGCUCAGAGCAAGCUGUCUCUGGCUAAACCAAAAUCAGGGGCUUUUUCAUUCAAAAAGAAGUCCUCUUCAGGUACAGCAAAAGUGGAAUACCCGAACAAGGUAAUAAGCUCAAAUGUUUUGGCAAACAGGAAUGUGAAUGUCCCUAAGAACAGUGUGGUGACUGAGUCUCGUUUGACAUUUUCAAACAAGCUUGAAAGACAAAAAUCAACCAAAAUCAACAGCUUCUUCUCUGUAAGUUCAAAAUGCCAGUCAGACUCCAACAGCCCAGCAAGUACCUCCUCAUCUACAUGUCAGACACCCACUAUAGCAUCUCGUAUUAAGGUGGCGCAGGCUCCAACUUUAUCUGACAAAAAGAUUUGUCAUGACAAUGGAAUAAAUUCCAUAAGUCUGGAUGCAUCUGGAUUCCCAGUGGACGACUGGGAUGACUUUGAUGACUUUGAAGCACCUACCAAAUCAAAGAAUGACUCAUUUAGUUCAGAAAUAUCUGGAAAGAUCACCAAGUCAUUGACAUCUCCAAGUGAGAAAUUCCCAGAAUUCACAGGGAAAAAAAGCCACGAUUUUUGUGAUGUGACUCCAGAGUUAAGCAACAAGAACGGUGUCCCGUCUUGUUUGGAGGCGGAUGAGCAAGAGCACAGUAUCAGCAAAACUGCAGUUUCACCAAGACCAAGUUUGAUUCAGGAACCAGCCGAGGCCGAACUGGAGGAUUAUCCUAUUAACAAACGCAGACGAUGUCCCCCUCCACAUGUAAUGUCUGUCCUAAGUGAUAGUGAAGAAGAAAUCAGUGCUGUACCUGAACCUUUUCAAGAUAAAACAGACGGCAACAAAAAAAUGAUUGACCCAAAGGUGAUACAGCUUAAUGACACUUCAGAGUCUGAAGAUGACUUUGAUUUCAUUCCUCCCUCACCUGCCCCUGAUGAAAUCUCUUAUCCAGCCCCUGCUGUGGAGAAAAGAACUGAAUCAGGUGAUGCUCAAGCUAGAGACCGCCCUGGUCAGUCAACAUGCUCUUCCACAGCUUUGCCAGGACCUACAGAUGACCACUCCAGAGACAAAACAAAUGAACAGCUCUUUAGUAUCAUGGAGUCUAUUUGUGCUCUGGUUGAUUCCAUCCCUGAGCAUGAGCUAAUCUCUCUAUCCUGUGGGAGUGAACUUUUACUGAAGAGGGCUCAGAGGAAGAGGAUUCUUGCUACUGGUGGAGACUCUUGGAUUAGGAUGCAACAGCCAGACAGCACAGUUAUUUCUGAGGCCAGUUUAAUAGAAACAUCUAUGAAAUCUGUGGACUACAAGAAGUGUCUACAACCAGGGAAAUCUUCAGUCAUCUCUUUGGACUAUGACUCUGAUUACUCAGAUUCCACUAAUUUAAAGCCCUUGGGCAGUAAGGAGGCAAGGGUAAUCAGUGGGGGAAAAGACAAUAUUUGUGACUCCCCAUCAGCCCACAGCCAAAUGAAACCACCUUUUAAUCUCUCUGAAAACACUAGUGAAGACCUUGAGUUCUUCUCUUCGCCUAAGAAGGCGGAGGUUGUUUUGGAAAAUGAGUCAAAAACUCCACUUUGUACAACUACAGAAGCUGUUGAGGUAGAUGACUUUUACACGGACGACUUUGAUAUUGAUGAUUUUAAUGACUCAGAUAUCCCCGAUUACUUCGAUGAACCACCAGCUUCAUCGGUUUUAAAUCAAAACUUAAACACUGUGACUGCACCAGUAAAAGAAGGGGGACCAAGUAAGUCCACAUGGGAGAAGAAACAGAUGACACCUGUUUCUGCACCUAAACCUUCAAAGAUUUGUUCCCCAGAGCCCACCUUCAAAAACCCAGCUCACGAUCGCUUUAGAGGGUUUAACUUCCCACACUCGCAAGAGAUGAUGAAGAUCUUUCAUAAGCGUUUUGGACUUCAUCAGUUCAGGUUUAAUCAACUGGAGGCAAUUAAUGCUACCCUUCUGGGAGAAGACUCAUUUGUUUUGAUGCCCACAGGUGGGGGUAAAAGCUUGUGCUAUCAGCUGCCUGCCUGCAUCUCACCUGGCGUUACUGUGGUUAUAUCUCCACUUAAAUCACUUAUUGUUGACCAAAUCCAGAAACUCACCACCCUAGAUAUUCCAUCAACAAGUCUGUCUGGUGAUAAAAGUGAUAGUGAAGCGGGAAGGAUUUAUAUGCAGCUUUCUAGGAAAGAUCCCAUAAUUAAACUGCUGUAUGUCACACCUGAGAAGGUGAGUGCAAGCAACAGGUUAAUCUCUGCCCUGCAGAACCUGUAUGAACGUGACCUUCUGGCCCGCUUUGUUAUAGAUGAGGCACAUUGUGUCAGUCAGUGGGGUCAUGAUUUCCGUCCAGACUACAAGAGGUUGCAUGAACUGCGUCAGAAGUUCCCCAACGUGCCAAUGAUAGCUCUGACAGCCACAGCUACCCCCCGUGUGCAGAAAGACAUCCUCAACCAGCUCAACAUGAUGCGGCCACAAGUUUUUACUAUGAGCUUCAACAGAAUUAACCUCAAGUACUCCGUGCUGCCCAAGAAACCCAAAAAGGUUGAUGAAGACUGCAUCAGCUGGAUCAAGAAGCACUACCCACGUGACUCUGGCAUUGUGUACUGCCUGUCUCGUAAUGACUGUGACGCCAUGGCAGAGAGUCUGCAGAGAGCGGGGAUACUUGCUCUGGCAUAUCAUGCUGGGCUACGUGACGGUGACAGAGAAUAUGUGCAAAGCAAGUGGAUCAAUCAGGAUGGCUGCCAGGUCAUUUGUGCCACCAUAGCCUUUGGCAUGGGUAUUGACAAGCCUGAUGUGCGCUACGUAAUCCACGCUAGUUUACCUAAAUCAAUGGAGGGUUACUAUCAGGAGUCGGGGAGAGCUGGCAGGGAUGGAGAAAUCUCUCACUGCAUUCUCUUCUACUCCUACGCUGAUGUUCACCGCAUCAAGAGGAUCAUCGGCAUGGACAGGGAAGGUGACAAACACACCAAAGCAACUCAUUACAACAACCUUCACAGCAUGGUGCACUUCUGUGAGAAUGUGAUGGAGUGCAGAAGAAUUCAGUUGCUCGCGUACUUUGGAGAGCUGAAGUUCAACAGAAGCUUUUGUAAAGACCAUCCAGACGUCAGCUGUGACAAUUGCUCCAAACCAAACCAAUAUAAGAUGAGGAACGUGACUGAAGAUGUGAAGAAGAUUGUGAGGUUUGUCCAAGAGAACUGUGAAAAAGUUGGAGCAAGGUUUGGCAAGACACCACAGCAGAGCAGACUGACACUGAACAUGCUCGUGGACAUCUUUAUAGGGGCUAAAUCUGCCAAGAUACAGACAGGAAUGUUUGGGAUGGGAACUGCUUAUUCCCGGCAUAAUGCAGACCGUCUCUUCAAAAAACUGGUUCUGGAUAACAUCCUGGUUGAAGAUCUCUACAUCACCAACAACGGCCAAGCUGUAGCUUACAUCUCUGCUGGUACAAAGGCUAUGAACGUGCUGUCUGGGCAUAUCCAGGUAGAGUUUUAUGAAACCGAGAGUGCUUCCACUAUCAGGAAGCACAAAGCUAGUGUUUCCAAGAAUGUGUCUAAGAGAGAAGAGAUGGUUCAGCAGUGUCUGAAGGAGCUGGUAGAUCUGUGCAAACAACUGGGCAAAGCGUUUGGCCUUCACUAUUACAACAUUUUCUCCACUGCCACCUUGAAGAAGAUAUCUGAGAAGCUAUCUUCUGACCCUGAAGUCCUCCUUCAAAUUGAUGGCGUGACAGAAGACAAACUGGAGAAGUAUGGGGCUGAAGUCAUUCAGGUGUUACAGAAAUACUCUGAAUGGAUGCUACCUGCAGAGGAACAGACUGCGAGUGCUGGAGACGGGUGGAUAGACACAACAAGAGGCAGCACGCACAAUGACGAGGAUGACUCAGAGUCCUCCACCUAUUUUUGUAAUCAAGCUUCUCAGGGACAGAAGAGAAAAAAGGCUCAAUUUUUUAACUAUUCCAAGAAAAGAAGAGGCAACUCAAGCUCCAGUUCUAAAGGUCGUGGCUACAGCAGUAAUAAGUCAUGGUCGUCGUCCAGCUCCAGAGGUGCUGCAGGGGGAGGGUCCAGAACUUCAGCAGGCAGGCAACCUGGCUUCCUGGCUGCCCCGGUGCCUCAAAGCAACCACAGACCCUUCUUAAAGCCCACCUUUUCACACAUGAGCUGAAGGCCGGUUUGGUAGAAAGCUACUCCUUCAGUACAUUUCCCUUCUAGUAAUUGUGAAUUUUUGUGUUAACCUUUUAGGCCAUAGCUGUUCACUGAAACUACUUAAAAGUGUACAUUAAAGUUGUGUACCGCUAUUUCACUGUAUCUGCGCAUAUCUUAAGUGUAAAAUGUUUAAUUUAUGUGCUCUGAGUAGAGUUAAUGAAUGACCUUUUUAUUCUAUAUUAAAGACAUUUUGAUUUACAUUUAUAA